AUGGCUGAAGCUCCUCUCGUUUGGCAUGCCGCUUCAACCCCGAUCUUCGGUAGAAUGAAUAAUACCUUUGUAUUCACAGAAGAUGAAAUGGAAUUUUGGUCAUGUCAAAAUAUGAGAGUCGGUGUCAAUGACUUCGAUUUCUACUUCGAUGCACAUGAGUAUCCUGAUGAGAAAGAGUUUGGAUAUAAGGAGCUGCCUGGUUUCUUGGGAAAUCCGCUUUACAAGCAUCCUAAGGCUUUCCUCAACAUCGAUUACGACAAAACAGUCACUGUUCGCAAAUUUUCGUUGAUGGUAUUGUACAAACACCUCAUGGGAUGA